AUGACGGAUGAAGAUCCCUGGCUCCGGUCGUGGGGACGGAACAGACCCCAGGUGGCCCGUGGGGUUUGGCUCCAAACCGUCACCACCAUCUACGGCCUCCACCAAAAGGACCUUUACAUUCUGGCAGGCGAGCUCCUGGAGCAGAUACAAAGGUACAAGUUCUGGUACUUGGAAGAUGGCCCUGCGGAUGAGGACUUUAUCACUGCCGUACUUCUCCUCAAGAUCACUUAUGUUCGACAGCAGCUGCAGAGCGAGCAACAGUUUGAGGAUCUCAUUGCUUGCGUCAAUCGUGUCUUCCCUGCAAUCGAUGACACGACACUCAACAUCGGUUGCGCAACGCUCAACGGGCUGCGGGACCGGCAGCUGGUGGAGCGUGCACGGUUCCAACGCAUCAUCUUUGGCUCCACGCGCCUGUCGGACCUCUACUUCCACCACUCUGCUGAGGACGCCAUUACCGCCGCCCGCUCCUACUGCCGCCGCGUCACCGCAGUUCUCCCUCUCCCGCGCAUCGCCAAGCACCCUGCUUCGCUGCUCGGCGCAAACCUUGUUCUCCAGACUGCAACCCACGGCGACAGCACCAGCGGCAACGGCACGUCGCUGCAGAAGCGUGCAAAACUGACCUCGACAACAACAGCAGCAACACCCAACAAGGACUCCCCACGCAAGACCAGCAACAUCAUCACCACCACAAACAACUUGUCCAUGUCGGCCACGGUGGCUAAUGCGCCCACCACUGCUGCCACUAUGGCGACUGCCAACGGUGAUGCAACUUCCAGCACGCCUGCCACCAGUGCAGCACGCCGCGUCCGCAAUCGUGCAGCCCGCGAGCGCAACGGCAAGGGAAAGACUGCAGCUGCAAAAAUAGCGGCGGCAGCAGCAGCAGCAGCAGCAAUAGCAACAGCAGCAACGAGGCCGGAGAGUGAAACCCGAGCAGCGCCGCAAACAGGUGCACCAGGUCGCGGUGGUCGUAGGGAAGGAGACGCAACAACACAGCUUGCAACCGCCAUCCUACAGCGGCGGCACAUGCGACGCAGCGGUGGCAACGAACCAAAAUCGGCAACGAAACAGCUCUCUGCCAGCGUGGAGGCGCUUGUGGCGCUGUCACGCAGGAGUCAUCGCGCCCAAACGGAUUCGCAGGAAGAAGAGGCGGAGAAGGUGACGCAUGCUGUUGCGGUGACGGCAGCAAGCAUGAACCAGGUUGUGAUGGGUGGCGAGCAAACAUCGCCCAUCCUGGGCACCUCGUCCCACCUUCUCCUCACAGCAGCAACAGCGCGCCAGCGGCACCAGCAGCAGGAGCAGCAGGAGCAGGAGCAAAGGAAGAAGGAGAGGAAGAAUAAGAAGGCCAACACCAGGGAUGACCAAGACGAAGAAGGAGAAGCAGCGUCGUCAGCAACCGCAACAUCAGCAGCACCAACAAGAACCAAGGCCACGACCGCUGUUACCUCAUCGAAGCAGCACAGAGGAAAGCGGGGCAAGAGGCAAGUGCUGCACUUGGGUGCACAGCCGCUCGGAGCAAGGACAAAGACACAGGAGCCCGUCGGCGGACAGACCAACGUAGAGGAAACAACGAAGGGACCUGAUGCUGCACGUGCCACCAGCAACAACGAAAGCAACAACGUGGAUGAGGGUGGAGAGAAGCAGCAGCAGACAGAGGAACAGCAGACGAAGGAGGAGAAGGAGAACAGCGCCGAGGCUGUUGUCGAGGUGAUUGAGAUUGUGAGCGAGGAUGCGCAGACACAGCAAAGGGAGCAUGAGCAUGACGCCAGUAACAGCACGAGCGAAGCAGCGGAAACAGCAACGCCAGAUGCGAAGUACUCUGAGCAAGGCAAUCAAUCGGCUGCCAAGGGCGCUGGUCGUGCUGCUAGGGAUGAUGAUGAGGAUGAUGACAACGAGGAAGGAGAUGACAACGAGGAUGAUGAGGAUGGGGAUGAGGGCGAGAUGCCGGUUGGACAGUUCUACCUGCCGCCAACACAGGACAAUCCCGCAAAGAAGGCAAAGGUGGCCGACAGCACGAAGGAAAGCAGGACACAGGCGGCACCGGCAAACAGCAACAAGGCAGCAGCAGAGGACGAGCAAGCAGACACCCAAGCUGCUGCUGACGAGGAUGGCGAUGAUGAUGAGGGUGAGAAUGAGGAUGAGAACGAGGAUGACAGCAGCGAGAGCAGCGAGCGGGUUGAGGUGAGCGGCGUCCCAGCGACGGACGAGCGCGGCCAAGCAGUUGAGCGCAACGAUGAUGAUGAUGAUGAUGAUGAUGAUGAUGAUGAUGAUGAUGAUGAUGAUGAUGAUGAUGAUGAUGAUGAUGAUGAUGAUGAUGAUGAUGAUGAUGAUGAUGAUGAUGAUGAUGAUGAUGAACAGCAACCACAGCAACCACAGCAACCACAGCAACCACAGCAACCACGGCAGCCACGGCAACGACGGCGGCAACGACAGGACGAAGAGCCAGGUGGCGAUGAGCAAACAGCAGUGUCCCAUGAAGAGGCUGUUGACAAGAACAGCAACCGCAGCGUAGACACGAGCGGGCAUCAGGACGACACCGACGGCGGUGGCGAUGCUGAUGGGCUUGACACACAACUUGCACACAACGUCCUCGUGCCAGACACGCCAGUGAGCGACGAUGGGGGUGAUGACAACAGCAGCGGUGGUACUGGCAGCAGCACAAGUGCUUCCCGAAAUGCAGAUGGCGGUGAGGAUACUGCUGGCGGUGCCGUUAGGGAGGCGACAGCACAAGAUGCGGCGCGUGCCACUAGACCUGGCGCCACCGAUGGCGUCAUCACGGGUCCGCACGGUGCAGAGGAGCGCACCGGCCACAACACCACUGCCACAGACGAGGCUGACACAUCCAGCGCAUCUGCCAACAACGAUGACAGCAACAGCAACACCGGUGCUGCCGUGCGCGAGCAGGAGGUGAAGAGCAAGCCUGGAUUCCUGAGCAAGCUUGCGGCACAUGUGAUGUCGACGGUGGCGCGAAGAAUGAACACGGCGGGCGGUGGAGAAAGUGACGAUGGUGGUGAUGAUGACGCUGAUGAUGAGAGCCAGGCCUUUUUCACGCAGCAAGUGUAAUUGUGGUUGUUGUGUCCACUUGCUUAGCCGCUUAUUUCCGUGGGUUGCUGGUUCUUAUUCAUUGAUUGAAGCGUGACAUGACACGGUUUUUACUGUGUUGGACUUGAGAAAUAGAAAAGAUAAAGAACGCACGGCGUUGUAAAACCC